AUGGCCCAGGCGCAGGCGCACGGCGGCCUAGGCCGGUCUCCCACCUUCUUCGUCGGCGGCGCGCAGCAGCGCAAGAACCUCAACGAUUUCCAGAAGCGGGAGCAGCAGCUUGCGGAGGCGUACUUCCAGAACAAGCCGCUGUGCUUCCGGGGCCGCGGCUACCAGAAGACGCACCCCGUGAAGGCGGCAUCGGGGGCGCCGGGAGCGAAGGGAGCCCCUGCUUUCGGAGGGCGCGCGAGGGGGUUGCACAGGUGUGUCGCAGAUAGAGGACUUCGGCAUCGAUGCAUCCGAACUCCCGAACAAGCUCCUGAAGCGGUGUAG